AUGGAGAUACCAAACCAUGGUAAAUAUGUGAAUUCCGAUAGUGAAGACGAGAACAAUGACUCAAAUGAGGAAGAUUGGUUAGAUGAUGAGAAACGGUUUUUACUACUAUGCAGUUUAGUCGUCAAAGGGGUGAUGGUAGUACAUAAUAUGAUGAAUAUCCCACAUAUCCCUUGUCGCACUUCCUGUCGUACAGGAAAUAUUUUUAUUCAAGAAAUACUCAAUGGUCAUCCUAGGCGUUGUUAUGAAGAUUUCAGGGUACAUGAUGUUUUCAAGAGCUUAUGUUCGGAUCUUAGAAUGCACUACAACCUAAAGGAGACACGUAAUGUAUCUAUUGAAGAGUCUGUUGGUAUUUUUUUGUUGAUAUUAGCACAUGGAUGUGGAAAUAGACUAGCUCAAGAAAUUUUCAAUCAUUCAGGGGAAACUAUUCAUAGACAUUUCCAUCGUGUUUUAAGAGCGGUGCUUAAGCUUAGCGGAGACAUCAUCAUGCCUAAAGCAAACUACAAUAAUGAAGUACCUCCACAACUCUUAAACAACUCUCGGUAUUACCCCAUGUUCAAGGAUUGCAUUGGUGCUAUUGAUGGGACACAUGUUAAGGCAUCAGUUCGAGAGCAUGAACAAGCAAAAUAUAUUGGUAGAAAAGGAUAUGCAACCCAAAAUAUCAUGGCAGCAUGUGAUUUUAAUAUGUGUUUUACAUUUGCAUGGGCGGGAUGGGAAGGCACUGCACAUGACACAAGAAUAUUUUUAGAAGCAUUACGUAAGCCAGAGGUGAAAUUUCCUCGUCCAACGGGUGAUAAGUACUAUGUUGUUGAUGCCGGGUACCCAAAUACCAGAGGCUAUCUUGCUCCUUAUAAAGGAAAUGAUGUUCGUUAUCAUAUACCUGAUUUUCGUCGAGGUUAA